GCGGCAGCAGCGGCGGCGGAGGUGGCGGUCGCGGCUGUGGCCGGGGGAAGUGAAUGGUUUUACCCAGAGGGCCCUGCGUUGCCUUUCUCCGCUGGCAUCAGCGCCGCUCCCUGCUCCUCCCCGGCCAUGGCGUUCACGUUCGCAGCCUUCUGCUACAUGCUGGCGCUGCUGCUCACCGCCGCGCUCAUCUUCUUCGCCAUCUGGCACAUUAUAGCAUUUGAUGAGCUGAAGACUGAUUACAAGAAUCCCAUAGACCAGUGUAAUACCCUGAAUCCUCUUGUACUUCCAGAGUACCUCAUCCAUGCUUUCUUCUGUGUCAUGUUUCUUUGUGCAGCAGAGUGGCUUACACUGGGUCUCAAUAUGCCCCUCUUGGCAUAUCAUAUUUGGAGGUAUAUGAGUAGACCAGUGAUGAGUGGACCAGGACUCUAUGAUCCUACAACCAUCAUGAAUGCAGAUAUUCUAGCAUAUUGUCAGAAAGAAGGAUGGUGCAAAUUAGCUUUUUAUCUUCUAGCAUUUUUUUACUACCUAUAUGGCAUGAUCUAUGUUUUGGUGAGCUCUUAGAACAACACACGGAAGACUUGGUCCAGUUAAGUGCAUGCAAAAAGCCACCAGAUGAAGGGAUUCUAUCCAGCAAGAUCCUGUUUCCAAGAGUAGCCUAUGGAAUCUGAUCAGUUACUUUAAAAAAAUGACUCCUUAUUUUUUAAAUGUUUCCACAUUUUUUGCUUGUGGAAAGACUGUUUUCAUAUGUUAUACUCAGAUAAAGAAUUUAAAUGGAAUUAUGUAUAAAUUAAUAUAAAACGAUUACCUCUGGUAUUGACAGGUUUGAACUUGCACUCCUUAAGGAACAGCCAUAAUCCUCUGAAUGAUUGCAUUAAUUACUGACUGUCCUUAGUCCAUUGGAAGCUUACGUUUAUAGGCAUUGGUAGGGCUCAUUUUGGUUUUAUUGAAAUGAUAUCUAAUUAUAAAUUAGCUGUAGAUAUCAGGUGUUUCUGAUGAGCUGGAAAUGUAUACCUGACUCGUGGGAAACUUCAUGGGUUUCCUCAUCUAUCAUGUAGAUGAUUAUAUAUGGGUACAUUUACAAAAAUAAGAGUGGGAUUUUUUCCCUUCAACUGAAUAUUAUCCCUGUAUAUUGCAUGAGUGAGAGAUUUCCCAUAUUUCCAUCAGAGUAACAAAUAUACUUGCUUUAAUUCUUAAGCAUAAGUGAACAUGAUAUAAAAAAUAUGCUGAAUUACUUGUGAAGAAUGCAUUUAAAGCUAUUUUAAAUGUGUUUUUAUUUGUAAGACAUUACUUAUUAAGAAAUUUGUUAUUAUGCUUACUGUUCUAAUCUGGUGGUAAAGGUAUUCUUAAGAAUUUGCAAGUACUUUAGAUUUUCAGAACUGAAUGAGAGAGAAAAUUGUAUAACCAUCCUGCUGUUCCUUUAGUGCAAUACAAUAAAACUCUGAAAUUAAGACUC